AAACUUAUUAAAUAGAUUAAGAUUGGGAGAAAAUGUUUGCUGGCAGUCAGAAGUUGAAGGAGUUGGAAGCUUUCUUCAAUGAUUAUUUCCAAGAAGAAAAAAAUGGAGACGAUGAUUGCAAACCAGAAGCUAUAAGAAAGGAUGAAAAUGGAUGUCAACCAAAUUCAAGUAAAACCGAAUCAAAAUCAACAGACAAAUUGCAAUUACAAAACGAACUGUCAUCAAUUUCACGUGAACAAAAACCAGAUGUGGUUGAUUUGAAUUCGUUCAAAUGUUGUUGGAAUAGAUGUUCGUUCACGACUGAAGUAAUGUUCGAUUUUUACGACCACGUGUCUGAAGUUCACGUCGCGGGGCUGAAGAGUCGUUCACUUUCGCCCGUGAAAAGCAGCAGUAGUGGGGGUUCUUCUGGUUCUAGUCCGAGUAGGAAACGAAAGGUUCACGAGCUGAAGUGCAAAUGGAAAAAAUGUAGAAAAUAUGACUCGCAGUUCGAUUCUUUGGAGGCAUUGUCAAAACACGUUCGAAGCAUCCACACGAAAGAGAAACAGUACAGAUGUCGCAUGCAUAAUUGCGUCUUCGAGACAAAUCAAGGUGCAGAGUUGUGUAAACACAUGGACCAACAUGAUCGUAAAAACAAACAACAACAACAAAAUAAAGUUGGAAGUUCCCAUUCAGCAAGCAGAAAGAUUGGCGAGAAUUUCAGUCUCAGUCGGCAAAUUUCUUCGUCAAGUGGUUCACCUGCCGUUACCAAAAAGUCGCCCAGAAAAAUAUCAAAAGUUGAAGUUAAAUACCCGCCAGAAAAACAAAAACCAACAGAAGAAAAAGAGUUGACAGCAAGAUUGAUGAAAAUGGAAGAAAACAAAAUAAACACUGCAAGGUUUGCGCUGAAACUUAAAAACACGAUGAGUAGAAUUUCAAAUUUGAUUGAGUUUGACCCGAAAUCACCUGAUUUUGUGUGGUUGCGUGGCAAAAUUAUAGGCACGAGGGCAAUUAAAGGUAUGAACGCUAAUCUUGGAACAGUUGAAGAAAACGAAGUUCUAGUACGUUGGUUUCCGGCAGGAAUAAUUUCAGACGAAUGGAUAUCAGCUGACGUUCACGACUUGGUUAAGAAGGUUGCGCUAGAAAAUGUCCCGAAGGAAUUCUGGAUCGAAAGUUCAGCUUUGCUUUUCAAGAAAGCACAGUUUUCAAAACUAAAAAAAUCGAAACGGAAAUGUUAUAGUCCUGUUAAAAUAAAAUGAAUUGAACUUCCUUUGUUUGUUAUGUUUCGGAGAGCUUGCUAUUCAAAUA